GGGGCGGCCGCGGAAGACGAACGGCCGGCGAGUGAGCACGCGGCGGGUAGAGGAGUGGCGUGUGUGGGUGCGUCGGCGGAUGUUUUGGGACACGCCGACAUUCAUGGAUCACACUGGAUUGCAGGAGGCUGGUCAGGUAUCUGCAGAUGCCAGGACACACUUCAAAGUCUGCAGGUUCAUUAUGGAGGCAGGUGUGAAGCUGGGCUUGCGCUCUGUCCCCAUUGCUACGGCAUGCACCAUUUAUCACCGAUUCUUUAUGGAGGUGCCUCUGGAACCUUAUGAUCCCUACCUAGUGGCCAUGGCCGCCCUUUAUCUGGCUGGGAAGGUAGAAGAGCAGCAUCUGCGGACAAGGGACAUCAUCAAUGUGAGCCACAGGUACCUGCACCCCCGGAGCGACCCUCUGGAGCUGGACACCCAUUUCUGGGAGCUGAGAGACAGCAUUGUCCAGUGUGAGCUGCUCAUGCUACGGGUGCUCUACUUCCGUGUCUCCUUCCAGCAACCCCAUAAGUACCUUCUGCACUACUUACUGUCCCUGAAGCACUGGAUGAACCGGCACAGUUGGGAUCGGACCCCGGUGGCCGUGGCAGCGUGGGCCCUGUUGCGGGACAGCUACCAUGGGCCACUGUGCCUGCAACACGCCCCACAGCAUAUCGCGGUGACGGUCCUUUACCUGGCUCUGCAGUGUUACGGAGUGGAGGUGCCUGGCGAUGCUGAAGCGGAGCAGCCGUGGUGGCAGGUGUUCAGUGAAGAUCUCUCCAAGGACAUCAUUGACCAGAUUGUCUUGGACUUGAUACGGAUCUAUACGUUGGAUGCAGAAGUCUCUUAAGUGUACUGUCAGAAGGAAGCCUCGUGGCCCAAUGAAUUGGCCACUUCAAGCUAGGACUGAGGUGGCUGCUGUACGCUCGCCUGAAGGGACCAACACCAGAUCUUCAACUUGCUCUCUUUGAGCCAUCCAGUUGGACGUAAUGGGGGCUUGAUCAGCGUCAGUGCCUUCAUAGAACUGGAAAGCUCCCGACCACGUUCCCUGUUGUCCUUGAACCACCUACCCGCCCGGAGUUAUUCCGGAGCCUUCCAUCUCCUACAAAACAAGGUUUGGGGUCCUGUUGAACUUGAUGCUGGAUCAGGGUUUGUAGUGGGAGGAAAUAAGCAAGCAAGGAAAGGCCCUGUUGACUCUCGUGCUCCAAGGGCAUUUUCCCUGCUCUUUCUGGAACGGUCCCCCCGCCAGAGCCUCCCGUGCAACCGCUGCUUUGCUCUGACGUAGUUGAGAAUCUGGUUGGGUGUGUGACAUCCCAGAAGAGACUGUGAUAAAUUGUGUGUGUAGAAUGCGUUGUAUCUGAGGAGAUUCUGAUGCGCAGUCCUGCUCUACUGAUGUGAUUCCUUUAGUUCUGGAGUAAAAAUGGAACUGGA